AGCAGUGUACAUCCCUGAACUAGUGCAGUAUCCGCUCCUCUCCGGCUUGCGUCCUCAUUCUCAAUGGUCUCUGGCCUAAUGGAAAAAGUCGGAAGUGUCCCUAUAGUUUGUGGACGGUCAGCAUUGCUGUCCCAUGCGCUCCCGACACUUCCGCAUGAGACGCUCCCGAUUCUUUCCAAAGGUCCCCCUUCCGUUCGCGCGAUUUGUUCCGUGCCUAGCCCCUGCACUGCGACGGUCUAUGGAGAUGCUCUAUGCAGAGCAGAUUGCCGACGAUCUCACGCGCAAUAAGGCGCAUAUUUUUCGGUUGAUUCCAAGAAUACCGCCCUGCAGAGCCCGUUAUUGCCCUACCGCUCACACCCCGAGUUGUGACCAAUGUCCUCUUAGCUCGACUACCAUCCUGCCGGCAUAUAUGCUGGUCAGGAUAUGAGAUGAUGGUGCUUGAUAAGGGGCCAACUCCGGUCUCCGCCAGGACUGAACAAAUGAUAUGCGUGAAAUGAAGUAAUGGAGGAUAUUUCGAAAUCACUUUCACAAGUCACACGUGCUACCAUUGCGUUCUAGAGGACGCUGAUUGGAGACCCAUUCCUGCUGUCCGGUGGACAUGGCAACGUCGUCCUGUUGGAAUCCUGUUCUCCUUCUCAAUAUAGGGGGACAAAUGCCCUCGUCACCCGGGCCCAUGUAAUCUUUACUCGACACACCUCCCUGCACAGAAUAGUCGAACAUUCUCGCUUCAUUGCGAGGUGUCACUCAAGAAUAGGUGGACUCGUGCGCCUCUGUUGCCGAGCAGGCUCCACGACGGCCUUUGCCGACAGAUGGCCAUCACGUCGCCCACCUCCGAUCCCCGCAGGAUAAAGAUAACUCAGGAUUGAUGCUCGGUGUUGGGUGCGUGCACUAUGUUCACGAAGCCCUGGUACUCGCAUGCCCGUCUCGGACAGGACCUGAAGUAGUCGAUCGACCGUAUUUGUGUAUCGGUCAGCCUAUCCUCGAAAGAGGUGUAUCGGUAUCCUAGUUUUCCCAUCUUGCUUGGAGGUUCUUCGCAUUGUGCACGCGGUCUGUAUCGGCAUCGCUUCCAUUGUGACAACGGUGUAGGGUCGGACCGUAGGCGGAGCACCCGAACUUCUCCAUUGCGCCGUGGAUGUAUUCCGGCCGACACCUCACGACGUGGGGCAACCCAACAUGUGCGGAAGGAGGGCGACGGGAGAAUACGGACAUUCCCCACUUCGCUUGACGGUCGCGUUACAUGUGCUACGAAGCGGUUCAAACGAACUUCUCUCGUACACGGUCAGCGCAUAUAAGAAGCCCUCGAGAUCGAGCUGGAGUCUUCAGCUCGCUCAGCUCUCAUCCACCUGUCAAGAUACACAAUGCUCGCCUUUAGCAAAGUCCUCUGUGCUAUCCUCCUGGCUGGCCACGCCUCGGCUGCACCCGCUGCCAAUAGCAGUGCUGUGUCUUCCGUUGCGUCUCUCAGUCUGACCUCCGAGGCGGUGGGCGCAGCUCCCUCCAGCACGGCCAAUUCGGCGAGCGCCUUGGCCUCCGGUACGUCGUCGGCCUUGCCUGCGUCGGAGACGGUGGCCUUCGCUAGCGACGACCCCAACGAUAUUCUGUGGUCCCAGAACUCCACCACCAACCCUCAACCCAUCCGUGAAUCCUUGGGCGCGAAGAUUCUCGGACCGCAGAAUAUCCCUGUCGCCCUUCAGAACCCCGAUUUGCUGGCGCCGCCUACUACGGAUUCUGGUAACAUUCAGAAUGCCAAGUGGCCUUUGGCGCUCAGUCACAACCGUUUGCAGACGGGCGGAUGGGCUAGACAGCAGAAUGUGGAUGUGAUGCCUAUUGCGACUUCCAUGGCGGGGGUGAACAUGCGGCUCGAGGCAGGCGCGAUCCGUGAGCUCCAUUGGCACAAGACCGCCGAAUGGGCAUAUGUUCUCAAGGGUUCUGUGCAGGUGACAUCUAUCAACAGCGAUGGCCAGAACUACCUCGCCACCGCAAACACGGGUGACCUUUGGUACUUCCCACCUGGCAUCCCGCACUCCCUCCAGGCCACCAAUGACGACCCGGACGGCGCGGAAUUCCUCCUUGUCUUCGACGACGGCGCCUUCAGCGAAGACUCGACAUUCCUGCUCACGGAUUGGCUUGCCCAUGUGCCCAAGGAGGUGUUGGCGAAAAAUUUCAAGGCGAGCAUCUCGGCGUUCGACCAUAUCCCCGGGGAGCAGCUCUACAUCUUCCCUAGCGCGCCACCUCCCGCCGACAGCAAGUACAUCGUCUCCGACCCCCAGGGCCAGGUCCCGAACCCCUUCGUCUUCCACCUGUCCCAGGUGAAUGCGACUAAGCUUGACGGCGGUUCGGUGAAGGUGGUCGAUUCCACCACCUUCACUGUCUCCACGGCGAUCGCUGUUGCUGAGGUAACUGUCGAGCCCGGCGCGAUGCGAGAGCUUCAUUGGCACCCCACUCAGGACGAGUGGACUUACUAUUUGGAGGGCACAGGUCGUGUGACCCUCUUCGGCGCGGAGUCCAACGCACGCACCUUCAAUUACCAGCCUGGUGACAUCGGUUACGUGCCCGCUUCAUUCGGCCACUACGUCGAAAACGCGGGCAACACUACGCUGCGCUUCCUCGAGAUCUUCAACACGGAUCGCUACCAGGAUAUCAGCUUGAACCAGUGGCUCGCUCUCACCCCGCCCGAGAUGGUCAAGGCUCAUCUCGACCUCGACGACGCCACCAUCGCGCUCCUGAGCAAGACCAAGUACACCGUCGUCGCCGGUUCUCCCUCCUCGGCGUAG